AUGAAGUAAAAUAGACACAGUCAUUAAUUUAAGCAUAAUGUUCUUUAAAAAGAAUCUAUUCAAAUUAAAACUGAAACCUUAUAAAAAUAUUUUGAUAUAAUAGUUCCACUUAAUGAAAAUAAUGCAUUUAUUUAUUUUGAAGAUGGAUCUUAUGAGGUUUUUGAUUUAUCAUCUAAAUAAAUUAUUGGCAAAGGAUAAAUUGUUACUGAUAUAAAAAGCUUCAUUCAAAUAUAUCCAGAGUAACAUUUAUAAUAAUAAAUAGAACUUUAUGUUUUCUUGAUCCUGAAGAUAUGAAAGUUAAAUUACUUGAUCUUAAAAGUCAUAAAGAAAAUCCUUCAUUUGUUUUUGCCUCUAGUAAGGUGAUUAAUUAAAAUAGCGAAAAACAAUACAAAGAAACAUUUGCAAAUUGUAAUAAUCAACAUUAAUAAUAGAAUUUCAAAUUAUGAUCUUAGAUAGAGAAAAAGAUAAGAUUCAGUAUUUAAUAACAUAAGAUUUAGAAAAAUAAUAUUCUAAUAAUAAUACCUGUCACUUCGUUAUUAGAGCUAUACCUCAAAAAUAUACACCUGAUACUUUAUUUGAUCUAAAUCCUAUUUUUGAAUAUGACUAUCAAAAUAAGACAGAAUAAACUAAUUUGUGUAAUUGGUAGAUUGAUGAGGAAACAGUUGUUGUUUUUGGACAAGAUGAUGAAUUUGGAAAAGAAAUUCUUUUAAUUAAACCUCAUCUUGUUGAAAAGGCAUUCUACAUCAUUCACAUCAAAGACGAAUUUUCUCAGACAUUAAUAAAUGUUACUAAUUGGAUAUUUCCUCAUCUUAUAGCUAUUUGGUAAAACAAUAAUGAUGAAAAUUCUCGACCAACCCUUUUUACUAUUGAUAUAAGAUAGUAUUAUGAUGGCUAAAAUUGGUUACCUGAACCAGACUAUAAUCCUACUAAAGUUUAUGAUUUAUUUAUUUUUAGGUCAAAGAUGAUUUUUUUGUUGGGAAUGAACCUGUUACAUUUAUGGAUAUUUAUCAAUUUUAUUUGAAUUCAUCAUAUAUCCUAUAAUUUAGAUUAGUUGGAGUAUAACCAAGAUUAUCUUUAAUUAACUAUCCCAAUUUUGAUAAUCCUGAAUUAAAUACUGAAGUAAAGUUAGAUGAAUUUUUCCAUAAACUACCAUCUAAUAAAAAUUAUUUUUUGUCAUAUGAUGAUUUAUAGUAACAUUUUUAUGAUAUUUUUAGAAUAAACAAUGGAAUUUUAAAAUUUAGUAUAUUCUACCCAGCAGAUCCAAAAUGUGAAAUAUUAAAAAUUAUUGAAAAUACAAAAUUAAUUGAUAAAUAUGGUAUCGAUAGUAUUAAAGAAUUAUUUGAAUUUUAUAAAUGA